AUGCCACCACAGGAUGCCACCACAGGCCAGGAUGCCACCACAGACCAGGAUGCCACCACAGACCAGGAUGCCACCACAGGCCAGGAUGCCACCACAGACCAGGAUGCCACCACAGACCAGGAUGCCACCACAGGCCAGGAUGCCACCACAGGUCAGGAUGCCACCACAGGCCAGGAUGCCACCACAGGUCAGGAUGCCACCACAGGUCAGGAUGCCACCACAGACCAGGAUGCCACCACAGACCAGGAUGCCACCACAGACCAGGAUGCCACCACAGACCAGGAUGCCACCACAGGCCAGGAUGCCACCACAGGUCAGGAUGCCACCACAGACCAGGAUGCCACCACAGACCAGGAUGCCACCACAGGCCAGGAUGCCACCACAGGUCAGGAUGCCACCACAGGUCAGGAUGCCACCACAGACCAGGAUGCCACCACAGGUCAGGAUGCCACCACAGGCCAGGAUGCCACCACAGGCCAGGAUGCCUCCACAGGCCCCAGGACGCCACAAUUAUAG